UUCUUGAGAUAUAUCGGAGCUCCAGCAACGUUUCCUCUCAUCGAUUUUUGCCCGGAAGCUCUAUGAUUCAGACAAAGACUUUUUUUUUCUUUCUUUUUCUCGGGGAUGAUCUAAUGGAAUGAUGAGAUCGUGUUUUACAAAAGUAAUUCUUUAAAAUCAAAGCAAGCAAAGAAUAAAAAAGUGCAAAGGUGUAAACUUUGCUUCUCUCGUCCUCUAAAGUCCACGCGAUUCUCACUGUCAGCCUCGGGCAAAUUUCCAGACUUUCUCGUAUUUUCCCUCGCAGCAGCCGUCAAUUCUAACUGGGUCUGAGUAAAUCUUGUGAAGAAUCAAUGACAGAGAUAUUUAGUGACACCGGUUUCAGACAGUUAACUCAAAUGUUCCUAGCGAUUAUCUUCUUCCACACAUCGGAAUACAUUCUCGCCAUAGCCGUUCAUGGGAAGUCCAGAGUCACUUUAAGCUCACUUUUGAUCAGCAAACACUAUGCAUUAGCAAUGGUAAUCUCAGUUCUCGAGUACCUAACCGAAAUCGUUUUCUUCCCUGGCCUAAAACAACACUGGUGGAUCAGCAAUCUCGGUCUUAUAAUGAUCGUAUCGGGAGAAAUCAUCCGCAAAACCGCUAUUAUCACAGCAGGUAGAUCGUUCACACACCUUAUAAAGAUUCGCAAGGAAGACCAUCAUAAGCUUGUGACUGAAGGAGUGUAUCAAAUCAUGAGGCAUCCUAGUUACACCGGGUUUCUUGUUUGGUCAGUUGGAACGCAGGUGAUGCUUUGUAACCCCGUUUCAGCGGUUGCGUUUGCAGUUGUGGUGUGGCGGUUCUUUGCUGAGAGAAUACCUUAUGAGGAACAUUACUUGAAGCAGUUUUUUGGAAGACAGUAUGUGGAGUAUGCGCAGAGAGUGCCUUCUGGUGUUCCCUUUGUAACCUAAACCUUUAGAUCAUUGUUAACAACAUAUAUGACAAUUGUAUUGUUACAAGAUACGUUACUCAUGCUUAAUGUUUGAUUACAGUAUUUGGUUUA